AUGAAUAAAGCUACACCCAAUAUCCAAGAAAUCCUAUCUAAUCAUGGCUACCGGAUUGUUCAAUGCUUAGAAAACAAAUACUUUCCAUCAGUUUUACUUGUAUAUAGUUCUUCUUUUAACGAAAAUUACGUUUGCAAGGUCGUGACGAAGCGUAUAAAAUACGAGAAAGAGAUUCAUGCUCUCACAGUUUUGGACCACCCUAAUAUUAUUCGACUUUAUUCGCAUUUUGAAGACAGUGAUACAUUUUUCCUUAUUUUGGAAUACUGUCAAGGUGGUAGUUUAGAGGAUUUAAUCAAGCAUCAUGCAAGACCAAAGCAAGAUAAGAUUAUUAAUUAUACAAAACAAAUUGUGGCGGCUCUAAAAUAUAUACAUUCAAAAAACAUUGUUCAUCAUGACCUCAAACCCUCAAAUAUUUUAUUUGAUAAGUAUGGACGUAUUAAAAUUGCCGACUUUGGACUUUCCUGCGCCUACAAGCAAAAUUCAUCAAAUUAUUACGUUGGAAGUUAUGGUUAUUUAUCUCCAGAACAAAGAGCUAACCAUGUCUUUGAUCCAUUUGUUGCUGAUAUAUGGUCACUUGGUGUAACAAUUUACUUUAUGACCUGUGGAUUUAACCCAUUUUUACAACAAAAGAACGGACUCAAGAUAUUUAUUCCGAUGUAUGUAGAGAAGACUCUUGUAAAUAUAAUAACAGGCACAUUAGAAGAAGAUCCUUCAAAACGGAUUUCAUUAAAUGAUAUCCAAGCAUAUCUUUUAUCGAAUCCUAAGCUGACAAUUCCUUCAACUUCAUGGUAUGGUAUUCCUGCUAUGAAAAGUAUCGAAAUGUCACCGAAAGUUAGCCAAAUUAGACCUGGAAAGAGUACUAUCAUUAGAGUCUAA